UGGUAAUUUUUGCUGUACCAGAACCUGAGGUCGUAACGGUGUGAGCAUGGUGGCCUCAUGUACAUUUUCUCUCGAGCGGGUACCUCUUGGAGUUUUAGCGACGUUUCAGUUUUUACUCUGAGUCGUCCUAUCAGCUAGAAAUUUUGGACAUACACAGAUGGCCCCAGGGUUGGCUCGGAACAUCGUUAUAUUUGGAGAAACAGGAGCGGGCAAAAGCUCCGUCAUCAACCUGAUGGCUGGUCAACAGAUUGCGCACAUAGCGCCCGACUCUCACGUCUGUACUCUGCAUUGGACGGAGUAUCCAAUAACCCUCGAAAAUGGGGCUCGAUACAAGGUGUUUGAUACGAUCGGCCUCCAGGAGCCCCGUGUGCAAAAUCAAGACUACCUCACUGCAAUUUCAAACGCAUAUGGCCUCAUCCACACCUUGAAAGAACGUGGAGGUAUCGACCUCUUGCUCUUCUGUAUACGCGGAAGUAGAGUCACGGGAACCAUGCAGAGCAACUAUAGGUUGUUCUUCGAAUUUCUCUGCGAGGAAAAAGUCCCACUCGUGCUAGUCGUCACGAACCUCGAAAGAGAGAUAAACAUGGAAGACUGGUACACGCGGAAUGCGGGCCACUUGGAGAAGCACAACAUUAGGUCCGCAGGACACGCAUGCAUAACUGCGGCGAAUCUUCUCGACGGGAGACAUAGAGACAAGUAUGAGGAGUCGCGCGGAAUACUCUGUAGAGUGGUUGAGGCUCAUUGCAAUGCAUCCAUGGGAGCGUGGACCGGCGAGCAAGAAUGGCUUUCUUCGUUCAUUAGCGAACUUAUGGAAUCCGUCGUUGGACGGCCCAAGAAGACGGAUGUCAUUGGAAUUCUCACAAAACGAUGCGGGAUGACCCAAGAAGUGGCUCGGCAGGUGGCGCAGCAUAUCAAGGACGAAAUCCCAGAUUAUGAGAGUCGGGUGCCUGACGCGUUGCCUGACGCGGACGUGGUGCCUAGCGUGGUGCCUGACGUGGUGCGUAACGUGGUGCCUGACAUGGUGCCUAGCGUGGUGCCUGGCGUGGUGUGUAAUGUGGUACUCUGGGGGGAGAGUGGAGUGGGCAAAAGCUCACUGAUAAACCUCAUUACGGGCCGCAACGUGGCGGAAACAUCUCUUGACGCCGUACUAUACAUGCUGCAUAUUAUGUGACGAUCAGCGGGCGACGCUUCAGGCUGUGGGAUACGCCAGGGUUAAAUGAGGGCUCCGAGGGCAGAGUCCCUGCGGCCGCGGCUGCAAAGGAGUUGGCUCUACUCCUCCGUAACCUGAACAAGGGAGACGGUGUCCAUCUCUUUAUGUAUUGCGUGCGCG